GGUGUAUGUACUGCGCAUGGGCUGAGCGCGUAGCCGGAGUUUGAAGUUACAGGCAAGGUGUGAAGGCUGUAACUAGCUUCCUGGAAGCUUCCUCGGCCUGAUCUCAGGAAUCCUGGUUCUCUGCCGCCAGGAGGUGUCGUCAACGCUUGCUUUUAAGUCCCAGAAUCUUGGCUUCGGCGUUUAGGGUAACCUCAGUUCUCGUUGUCAUUCUCAAACCUGUUUUCCCUGAGCUCUCGCGAGAUUGGCGGGCCGACCCGCGAGCGGCCCGGAAGCCGGUAUCUCCUAGGAGUUCGACCCGGCCCUCCGCGCCUUCGCUGCGUGGGUUUGCGGCCCGAUAACGCUGGCAGACCCCGCCUGGGAUCCUGGCAACGAUGGAUGAGGACCUGGUUUUGGCUCUGCGGCUUCAGGAGGAAUGGGACUUGCAAGUCGCGGAGCGCGAUCGGGCCCAGGAGCCGCUGUCGCUGGUGGACGCGUCCUGGGAGUUGGUGGACCCCACCCCGGAUUUGCAGGCCUUGUUUGUGCAGUUUAACGACCGGUUCUUCUGGGGCCAGCUGGAGGCCGUCGAGGUGAAGUGGAGCAUGCGAAUGACCCUGUGCGCUGGGAUAUGCAGCUAUGAAGGGAAAGGUGGAAUGUGUUCCAUCCGACUCAGUGAACCCCUUUUAAAGUUGAGGCCAAGAAAGGAUCUUGUAGAGACCCUCUUGCAUGAAAUGAUACAUGCCUAUUUAUUUGUCACGAAUAAUGAUAAAGACCGUGAAGGACAUGGUCCAGAGUUUUGUAAACACAUGCAUCGAAUCAACCGCCUAACUGGAGCCAAUAUUACGAUAUACCAUACUUUUCAUGACGAGGUGGAUGAGUAUCGACGACACUGGUGGCGCUGCGAUGGGCCGUGCCAGCACAAACAACCGUAUUAUGGCUACGUCAAACGUGCUACCAACAGGGCUCCCUCUGCUAAUGACUACUGGUGGGCUGAGCACCAGAAAACCUGUGGAGGCACUUAUAUAAAAAUCAAGGAACCAGAGAACUACUCAAAAAAAGGCAAAGGAAAGACAAAACCAGGAAAGCACCCAGCGUCAGCAAUAGAAAAUAAAGAUAAACCCAAUAGAGGUCAGGCACAGCUGUUAAUCCCUUUUAGUGGGAAAGGAUACGUUCUAGGAGAAACAAGCAAUUUACCGUCAUCUGGGAAAUCGAUCAGCUCACAGGCCAUUAAUAAAACCCAAGAUCUUUUAAGUCAAGACCAUUCAGCAAACACUCUAAGACCUAAUUCUAAAACUCAGGUGAAAUUUGAACAGAAUGGUUCAAGUAAAAAAACCUCUCAUCUAAUCUCUCCGGUUCUUAAUACCAGUCACCAAAAUGUUUUAAGCAACUAUUUUCCUAGAGUAUCAGCUGCCAACCAAAAGGCUUUCAGAAGUGUGAAUGGAUCUUCUCCAACGAAAUCCUUAACAGUUGGUGACAUCACUAAAAAUUCAGUUUCUUCCAGUUCUCAAAGAAGGGUCACAUCUUCUAAGAAAUCCCUAAGAAAUUCUUUAAAAGCAGUGGAAUCAACAUCUGUGACUGCCUCCCAGGAGGUGAGUGGGUCUGAAGAUAAAUUCCCAAAUAAACGACCCAGGCUAGAAGACAAGACUGUUUUUGACAAUUUUUUUAUCAAGAAAGAGCAAAUGCAAAGUGAUGGUAAUGAUCCAAAAUGUAGUUCACGUCCUAUAACCACAACUCAGAAUUCCAAUAGUUCAUGCAGUCAGAGCAAAAUGGUUAAUUGCCCAGUUUGUCAGAACAAAGUUUUGGAAUCUCAAAUUAAUGAGCACUUGGACUUGUGCCUUGCAAGUGAUAGCAUCGAAGUCAAAAGCUGAAAACAUCUUUGAAAAAUGAAUGAGUCUCAUACUCUACCUGUAUUACCUCACUAAUGGGCUAUGUCAGCCAUCAGGAAGUUUUGGGUUAAUGCUAAGAUUUGUAUGUUAUAAUCUAGUUUAAACAACCAAUACAAAAUGUUUUAUUUUAUAUAUACAUAUAUAAGAUUGUAAUUAACAAUAUUUUGUCUCAGGGUGCUACAUUCAUUCACUCUUGCCUCAGAGUUUGUUCUGCCUAUAUAUAUGUAUAAUUUUUAGGUACUUUUGUUCUUUCUUGCUCUUUUAAGAUUUUUAAAUCUGUUAAUCUUUUCAUAUGUGUACUUCCCUAAAAAUAAUUCAUGAGGAAUCCUGUCAGGUAUUUAAACUGAAUAUUUAUUUAUUAAUAAUAUUAAAACUCAUUCCCUAAACUGAAUCUUCAUAGUGUCAGACAUACUGGCCGAAAACACUAGAGUACAAAGUAUAUGAGUUGUUUUAGGGCACUCUAACUUUUUGUUUUUCUGGGUUUUUGUUUUUUUGUAAAAUCUUAACAGAAAAUACAUUUUCUGUAUUUUAAAGAAUUUUAUUCCUCUGUUCUACCUUUACUAAACAGUGACAGCAGAUUUUAGGUUAGAUAAGUAAUAUGGUAAAAUAAGUACAUUUCUUUUGGAAUAUUACUAGCAACAAAUAGCCACUAUAAUUCCGUAGGCCAGAUUUUAUAUUGAGUUUAGCUGUUUUCUCAAAAUUUAGCAAAAUGAGUGGUUAAAACUCAGUGCUAAGUAACUGGUAUUUAUAACAUAACAAAGUUACCUAGUUAUAGAACAGUGGAAAAUUAUCUAGAAACAGUAUUAUAAACCUUAAGCCAAAGUUGAAACCAUUAUAAUAAAAGAAAUACCCUUUUUGCGUUCAAAAAAAGCGUAUUUCUUUUUUAAAGUGUGCUCUUCCAUGUUACAGGGAAGGGACAAAGGUACUUUUAUCAGGUUACUUUUUGUCUCAUGGCUGUACUUCCAGUAUGUUGGCCAUAGUCCCAAGACCUUAGUUGUUCACAAGUUUUUUUUUCUUUGUUGCAAUAUAGGUACACAGAUUUUUAAGUAUACAGCUGGAUAAACUUUUACAUAGUAUUCACCUGUGUACUGCCCAGAUCAAGUUAGAGAACAUUCCCAUUGCCGCAGAAGGCCUUCUAUAGGUGCCUAUUCCCAGUCCGUACCCCCUACCCAUACCAGCCACAAAGUUCGCCACUCUUCUCACCUCUAUCUAUCACCACAGAUUAGUUUAGCCUAUUUUUGAACUUCAUUAAGUAGUAUUUUUGUUGUUCUGUGUAGCAGAAAUUCGUUUUCAUUGCUCUGUAGUAUCUGCAUAAAUAUGCCAGAAUUUUUUCAUCCAUUCUAGUAUUCGUGGACAUUUGAAUUAUUUCCAAAUUGGGGCUAUUAAGAAUAAUGCUGCUAAGAAAGAACAUUCUACUCUUUUCUGUUGGGUAUGUACCCAGGAGUGCAGUGGCUGGGUCACAGGGCAUGUUUAACUUUAGUACAUACAGCCAGGUUACACGCCUGCCAGCAGCGUAGGAGCAUUGCAGUUGUUCACCAGCCUUAACACUGUUACCAAACUUUUUCAUUUUAGCCUGGUUGGAUCUUCACAAGUUUUGAUAUUUAUUAAAGCAUGAAGUUAAAAAAUUGUAUUUAAUAAAUAUUUAUAGAUAAAUGGCUGUUAAAAUAUGUGUAGUGUGUGGAAUAUAUAUGCAGCUACAUUUUCCUAGAGGAUCAUUUUCUCUAAUUUAACAAAUUGUGUGUAAUUAAAUACUUUUGAGCCCACACCAUAUGAAGUUCUAGAGCUAUGAAAUAACUAAGAUAGUCCAUGUCAGGCAUCCUCAAACUAUGGCCCGCAGGCUACAUGUGGCCUGCUGAGGGCAUUUAUCUGGCCCGCUGGGUAUUUUUGCCACUACUGCCUGUCCUGCUUAUUAGCAGCCCACUC